GUGGAGGCUCUUAUUGUUGUAAAUGGGUCAGUCGGUCACAGAUCAGAUAAUGACAAUCUGUGUCAAAGUCCAGAUUCACUGAGUGUCUGAUCAACAUGGACCCGCAGAACAAGAAGAUCCUCUGUGUGGGUUUGGUUUGUUUGGACAUUAUCAACGUGGUGGACAAAUACCCCGAAGAAGACACGGAUAGUAGGUGUUUGUCACAGCGUUGGCAGCGAGGUGGGAAUGCAUCAAACUCGUGCACGGUGUUGUCACUGCUCGGAGCGUCCACUGCCUUCAUGGGUUCACUGGCUGCUGGACCUGUCGCAGAUUUCAUAGUGAGCGACUUUUUGCGGCGUUCGAUCGAUAUUUCAGCUGUGGUUUGGCAGGUCAAAGGUCAGACUCCGUGUGCAUGUUGUGUGGUUUGUCCAUCCAGCGGCUCUCGAACCGUCGUCCUCUCCGACACGUAAGAUGCAGCCGAGGGCGGAGUCACACAACGGUCAUCAAACAGCUCUGUUACCAUGGAGACCAAUCACACAUUUAUUCAAAACCUCGACAUGUUUUCAUAUUUCAGAGAUGAGCUUUUUGUACAAACUACAGAUGCAGAAGUCCACGCACAUUUACACUGUGAAUAAAAAUACAAAAUAUAGAAAACACGAUAUCUAAACUACAAAUAAAAAAAUAAAAAAUCCUCGGAUUGUAGCUGAAGCUUGAAUGCAUCAGAUGAAGUUAAAUUAUAUGAUCAGGCUGUCAUAGUUAUGGGGUACGGGGUCUAAAUAUGGUUUUCUUUAGUGAAUUGAAUGCACUUUCAUACGAUGUCUUAAUACACAGUAACAGGCUGUAAAGGGCUGUCACUGACCGAAUCACAACCAAGAAUUCAACAAUAAGCAACCACUGUUUUGUUUUUAUUUAUUAUUAAUCAGCAGUCAGUAAAACACUCAUCUGUGAAUUGAAGAUGGUUAAUGUGGACAAUUCCAGCAUUAAUUCAGAACACCGUCUGUUUAGUUUUUCUUGAAUUUACUGUGAUUUAUCAAUGAGAAUUCAUAUUUAUGUACCUGGACUUAAUAUUACAUAUAAAACAGACAGAAAAACUCUGAGCUGUUUGAUGAACGCUGUUUGACACGUCUGAACAAACCAAUAACAGAUCCUGGUCUAAUCACACCUGGUCACAUGACCCACUGCAGAGCGAGGCGCUCAGGUCACAUGAUCCGUUUGGAGUUAACUACCAUUUAUUCAGAUCUCAGACAUCCGACCAAUAAGAUAAAAACGCAUUUAAAUGAGUAAAAUGAUUAAGAAAUAAAACAUUAACAUCAGUAGAAUCUGUGUUAAAUCCAGAUUUGUUCUGGUUGAGGAAAGAACGGCUCCAGGUCAAAGGUCAUGUUCAGUCCAGUGUAAAAGUCCUGUUCCAACAUGAUGUUUGUUAGUUUAGUAAAGUUCUAAUGUUCACACAUAUGCAUUCGGGAAAUGUGUGAAGUAUGAACAGGAGGAAAAACUAACGUUUCAGAGAAAAAAAACAGCUUCUAUAAACCAAAGUGAUUUAGAAAGGAAUCAAGAACAUGAAUAAUAUAAUUCACAAAAUGAAGAAAAUCAACAAAAAGAAGCAAAUAAUCAACAAAAUGAACCAAAAAUUUAAC